AGAGGCACUGUUAAAUAAAGAACAGCAUAACAUGAGCGCGAGGGCUGUGUUGCACAUCUCUCCCGUAUAUCAGUUAGCUUCAUUGCUAACCUUAGCUGUAGCUCCACCAGACGGCUGCUCUCGCGUUAAACUUGCAUCGGCCAUCGAGCCAAUGCGAGCGCGUUAACAUUAACCAUGGUGGGGUUGGUAGCUAUGGACAAUCGAAGCUUAGCCCUUGUUAUAUCGUGAAAAGGAUAUUUGGCCAGUGUUCUAGCUAAUCUCAUUACCGCCGCAAACCAUGUCGUAUCAGCUAACAGUGCUACAAGCUAAACUCAUCGUGGUGGGUGUGUUAAUAGUUCCAGUAUGUUGUUAGCUGAAGCCCUCCGCUGUGUCAAGGCACCCCAAGGUUUUUAACUUUUUGUGAAAUACACUUUUUGAUGAUGGCCUGGGUAAAAAUGUUCAUUAUUACAAUAUCUAAAUAGAUCAAGUAACGCCGCCCCUUCAUACACAAUCAGCGUUAUCAUUCUAUAACCUUGUUUUCAUACCAACACAGAACAUUGAACUUUUUCCCCCUUAAUUUUUCUACUGUUGUCCUGUGACCGUUGUCACGUGUUUAUACAUACAUGCACAAUAAAACAAUGCAGGUUUUAUUACUUAACUAAUUUGCAUUAAGGAGAAAUUUUAAAAUCUAUUUGCUCCAAGUUCUUAAAUUAAAGCUUUUCAGCUCUCUUAGAACCAGCCAAGUUUGGAGUAUUUUUUGUCAGGGCAGUUGCAUCAUAUAUUUAAGCCAUUCUAAAUGGAAUUUUGUGCACUGUGUAGGUUGGAGCCUAUCCCUACUCUAUAAUGCCCCAGUGUUUGCAGUAUCUGCAGUGAGCGUGAUGGCAGCCCAGCCGGUUUCCAUAGACAAAUAUCCAAAAGGAGAGCACCAGAUGCAAGGUGUGGUAAAGAUCGACAGUGAUUCAGAGCAAAAGUUUAUUGAGGGGACACUGGCAGAAGUGCCCAGCCCAGCACAAGCAGACCCACAGACACCCAUGGACGCCGUCAAAGCCUCUAUAUAUCGGCAUCCCCUGUUCCCUUUGUUAGCCCUGUUGUUUGAAAAGUGUGAACAGUCCACGCUGAGCUCUGACUGCAUUACCUCAGCAAGCUUUGAUGUGGACAUUGAGAACUUUGUCCGCAAUCAGGAGAAAGAAGGCAAACCCUUCUUUAGUGAAGAUCCUGAACUAGACAACCUGAUGGUGAAAGCCAUACAGGUUCUACGAAUUCACUUGCUUGAGCUGGAGAAAGUGAGUGACCUCUGCAAGGACUUUUGCAGUCGCUACAUUGCCUGUCUCAAGACUAAGAUGAACAGUGAGACUCUGUUGAGUGGGGAGCCAGGAAGCCCAUACUCCCCUGUACAAGGCCAGGCCCCAAGUUUCUCACCCACCAAAACUCAGACUCCCAGCGCUCUGUCAGGGACCAUCAGUCCCCAGAGUCAAAUUGUGAUGCCAGCAUCUGCCCUGCAGCAAGGAAGCGUUACCGUGACAGCGGUCAACCCCACACAGGUCGUCGCAGGUAUGUCACCAUGGCAUACAACCCCUCCCUCAGGUGGCACAGUGUAUCAGCCUGUUACAGUCGUCACUCCUCAGGGCCAGGUGGUAACACAAUCUCUUUCUCCUGGGACAAUACGUGUUCAAAACAAUCAGCUUCAACUGCAGUUUCACCAGGAUUUGAACCUUUUCAAUCAUGAUGACAACUCGACUAAGAACAAGCGUGGUGUUCUACCCAAACAUGCUACCAAUGUCAUGCGCUCAUGGCUCUUCCAGCACAUUGGGCACCCAUAUCCAACAGAGGAUGAAAAGAAACAGAUUGCCACUCAGACAAACCUGACACUUUUGCAGGUCAACAACUGGUUUAUAAAUGCACGGAGGCGGAUCCUGCAACCUAUGUUGGAUGCCAGCUCCUCAGAAACGCCAAAAGCAAAGAAGAAAACUCCUCAAAAUCGACCUUUGCAACGCUUCUGGCCUGACUCCAUUGCAACCGGAGGAGGCACACAGCAGCAAGUUACUAUGCCAGACGGUACAAUGGUGACGAUGAACAUGGAGGGUCUGCAGAGCCUGACUUCAGAUGGAGCCACACUGGCGGUUCAGCAGGUAAUGCUGGCUGGCCACAGCGAGGAUGAGUCAGGUGACAGUGGAGACGAUGAUGACGAUGCAGACAUGGCCGGGCUGGGCCUGGACAACAGCAACCCACUGCAGUAGAGGACGCACUUCCUCACACACUGGCUGCAUGUACACACAAGAUAUACCAACAUAGAUAUACAGAAUACACAUGUUGUCAAACACAUGGAGAAUAAUAGUACAAGUGGACAUAAAUUUGGUUUACAUAGAGCACAAAACCACAGGACGCAACAGAAACUGCCCUGCACUCUUCCAACCCUCUUCCCUGCUGAACAGCAGUUUAUGCUGUGUGUGUUUGUGUGUGCGUGUGUGUGCAUCAGGAGUUUAAUUUUAGAAACAGUUUUUUUCAAUUGGUUGAUGUAGGUGAGUGCACUUUUUUGUAUAUUUAAGCUCAAAAGACGAAAUUACACAUGCAAAAGAAAUAAGAAGUGUUAAAAACACCCAAAGCAAGUUUGAAUGCUCCGUUAAUAAAUGUUGACUGACUGAAUGAGAAAAAAAUUAUAUAUAUAAUUUUUUUUGGUCCCCGUUCCCAUUUUGGAUGCCAACACUUUAAACUUGUAUCUGUAAGGAUUUGUCUUCACUUUUUUGCAUGCUUGUGUUUGAGUAGAUGUGCAGAACUCUUACAGUUGACUCCACAGCUCCCACAGGGGUUCUGCAGACUGAGCAGAGCCCACUUGGACGUGUGGGGGGGAAAAGAUGCUUAUUUUUAUAUACAAACAGGAAGUGUUUUUUGUUUAAUUUUUGUGUUCUCUCGUUUUUGUAAAGGAUAUUUAUGUACAGAUUCAUAAUUAAAGCUAGCCACCCUGUUUUGCAGGGUUCUUUGAAGUUUUCUAAAACACAGAAUGAGAAUUUGAAUGCUAUAAAAUUAUUUAAAUUGGUUUUACUCAUACAAUAUUAACAAGGCCUUACCUAUGUUCUUUUCUAAAGAAUUUUAGCCAAGAAGCACAAAAAAGAGUCUGACCCUUGUUGAAAAAAGACACUAAACAGCAGAACAUGUUGUUCUGUCAAGAAUCAUACAUUUUUCUUAACUUAUCUCUUCAAAAACUCUUCAGAUUCUGGAAUUCAGUUACUUGCCUGGAGGGCAGGUUUUUUUAAUACUUCUCCCGUUUACCCACAUUGUGUAUAUCAUACAUUACGCAUUUUAAUAAUUUUAUAGUAGUGUAGGUGUUGCUUACUAAAAUGCACAAUUCAGAACACUAUGCUAAUCACACAAUCACAAGGGUCUGCAAUAGAAACCCUUGAUAUAAACUCCAACAGUUGGAAACAGUAGAGUGUUUGAAAGCGUUUGUUUAUUUAUCUACACAUCCAUGCUACUGCAUUGAAAUUGAGAGCAGUUGGAAAGUCGGACUUUUUGCUUCUUUCCAGCCUGAAUGAUGUCAGUUCCGUGCCACUACAGACACAAGAUUGUCUGUCAGUGAACGAUUUGAACUCUUUAUCAAUUAGUUGAUAUUACAGCACAGAUUAAGGUGCCUCUUGUUUGAAUAUCUGUAAUGUUGUACUGUAAAACAGCUGUCAGUAGUUGCAGUAAUCUGGUUUAUAUCCCUAUUGUAAAGUUGAAACUUGAAAUAGUGAAUUUCAUGGAGCCUGAGGGUGCAGACUGUGGGUGGGCCCUUGCUGAGCUCUCAAAUCCUCACUUGCAUCUGUUUUUAUUUUUAUGACCCAUUGUUCACUUUUUUUCUGUUUUGCCUUAGAGCUUUCUAUUUUGGAAUAAACUAAGCCUAACUCUAGGCUGUGCACCAUG